AUGCCCAGCGUCACUACCGCCUCCUUCUACUUACUCUUAGUGCUUGCCAUAUCAAUUCAAUACUUUCUCCCCUCUCCCAAAACAAAUAUGACAUCCAUCAACAGCCCAUGGGCUGACACUCCAUGUGAACUGAUCACUACACCACAGCAUGCAACAGGAAAGACCGACAUUUUCACCGUCGGCGCCACACACAUGGCACACAUCCACAACGCCAUCCUCCGCGGCUACAACUCCAUCUACCUCCAAGCACCCCACGUCAAAGACGCAGACAAAGCAGCAUUCAUAGGCUACGCACUAACCUGGUUCCGCUUCGUAAAAUCGCACCACGACGACGAGGAAACCGAGCUAUUCCCCGCCGUAGAACAAGUCCUAAACGACAAGACCAUAUGGGGAGAAACGCAUAAAGAGCACGAAGCUUUUCUAGACGGCCUAGCCGAAUACUCAACUUACCUCUCCACCCUCCCCUCCCUCACCACCCUAAACGGCACACACCUCCAAUCCCUAAUGUCCUCGUUUCAACACCCCUUCUCCCACCAUUUCCACAGCGAAACCAGCACCAUCGCCGCCCUCGCCACGCAUCCUUCCGCGCCCGCACCCAAUACACCUGCGGCAGACGCCGCAGCCGCAGUGUUUAAGAAUUGGGGUAAGAAGACGGUGAUGAAGGCGGGGGUGCUGGAUGUUGUUCCCUUUUUUCUGAUGAAUCUGGAUAAGGAGUUUGAGGGGGGACAGUGGGCGGAGUGGCCGCCGAUGCCGCGGUUGGUGAGGUGGGGAUUGGUGAAUGGCGCUGGAAGCGUGAAUUGGGGGUGGUGGAAGUUUGCGAGUUGUGAUUCGGGGGGUAUGCGGAGGGGGUUGUGGGCGUUGCAGGGGGAGGGAGAGAGGAAGGAGUAG